AUGGAUGAGAGUUCGAUGGAGAACUUUCAGAAGAUUGAGAAGAUAGGUGAAGGGACUUAUGGCGUUGUGUAUAAAGCGAGGGAGAAAACGUCGGGCAAGUUUGUGGCUCUCAAAAAAAUCCGUCUUGAUGCGGAGAGUGAGGGAGUUCCCAGCACGGCCAUUAGGGAGAUCUCCCUGUUGAAGGAGUUGGAUCAUCCUAAUGUUGUCAGGCUGCUGGACGUGAUUCACUGUGAGGUCAAGUUGUACCUGGUGUUUGAGUAUCUGACCAAAGACCUCAAGAAGUACAUGGACUCCUUCCCCAGCAGCGAAGUCAUUAAUCCAGCUCUUAUCAAGAGCUACUUGUACCAGCUGUUAAAGGGAAUCUCGUACUGUCACGCUCACAGAGUUUUACACCGAGACUUAAAACCCCAAAACUUGCUCAUCGACAUGGAGGGCAAUAUCAAACUAGCUGACUUUGGGUUGGCUCGCGCGUUUGGUGUUCCGGUGAGGACAUACACACAUGAGGUUGUGACCCUGUGGUACAGAGCUCCAGAGAUCUUGCUCGGCAGCAGGUACUACUCCACCCCGGUUGACGUCUGGAGUCUCGGCUGCAUAUUUGUGGAGAUGGUCAGAAGGCAGCCCUUGUUCCCUGGCGACUCAGAAAUAGACCAGCUUUUUCGAAUUUUCAGGACAUUGGGAACUCCCGAUGACAUCAUGUGGCCAGGCGUGACCAGUCUCCCCGACUACAAAUCUACAUUCCCCAAGUGGCCAGUCAAAGAUGUCAAGUCACUGACCCCGACCUUGUGUCCAGAAGGCAUAGAUCUGUUACAGAAAAUGCUGACCUAUGAACCCAGUAAACGGAUCUCCGCCAAGACAGCCCUGCUGCACCCAUACUUCCUGGGAGUGUGCCUCCAAACUCCAGGAGGAGACACGUCCAAGUAG